GGAGGCCUGAGAGCGACAUGUCCCCGGCGGCUCAGGCGGAGCGGCCCGUGGCGCUGUUUUUCUGAGUCCGGGGUGGCCUGGCAGCCGGCCAAGGACGAGGGUCGGUGGGGGCUGCCCCCGUGGUGGUGGCCGCCAUGCUGGGAGCCUGGGCGGUUGAGGGAACCGCUGUGGCGCUCCUGCGACUGCUGCUGCUGGCGAUCCGGGGACCCGGGCUCGGCGUGGCCGGCGUGGCCGGCGUGGCCGGCGCGGCGGGGGCCGGGCUGCCCGAGAGCGUCAUUUGGGCGGUCAACGUGGGCGGAGAGGCGCAUGUGGACGUGCACGGGAUCCACUUCCGCAAGGACCCUUUGGAAGGCCGGGUGGGCCGAGCCUCAGACUAUGGCAUGAAACUGCCAAUCCUGCGUUCCAACCCUGAGGACCAGAUCCUGUAUCAAACUGAGCGGUACAAUGAGGAGAACUUUGGCUAUGAAGUGCCCAUCAAAGAGGAGGGGGACUACGUGCUGGUCUUGAAAUUUGCCGAGGUCUACUUUGCACAGUCCCAGCAAAAGGUAUUUGAUGUACGAUUGAAUGGCCACGUCGUGGUGAAAGACUUGUAUAUCUUUGAUUGCGCUGGGCAUAGCACAGCUCACGAUGAAAUUAUACCUAUGAGCAUCAGAAAGGGGAAGCUGAGUGUCCAGGGGCAGGUGUCCACCUUCACAGGGAAACUCUACAUUGAGUUUGUCAAGGGGUACUAUGACAAUCCCAAGGUCUGUGCACUCUACAUCAUGGCUGGGACAGUGGAUGAUGUACCAAAGCUUCAGCCUCAUCCGGGAUUGGAGAAGAAAGAAGAGGAAGAAGAAGAAGAAUAUGAUGAAGGGUCUAAUCUCAAAAAACAGACCAAUAAGAACCGGGUGCAGUCAGGCCCCCGCACACCCAACCCCUAUGCCUCGGGCAACAGCAGCCUCAUGUUUCCCAUCCUGGUGGCCUUCAGAGUCUUCAUUCCAACCCUUUUCUGCCUCUGCCGGUUGUGAGAACAAAUGACCAUCCUGAACAGGGUGGAGGGGUGUGGGAAAGAAACCAGCCAUAUUGGUUUUGGUUUCUAUAUUUUUCACAAUGAUUAAUGAAAAAAAAAACAAAGGCAAAAAAACACACAUCAAUUAAAGGAGACAAAAAGAGGCA